UACAACGAUAACGAUAUUCAUAAGCAGAGGGAAAAAAACAAAAACUAGAGAAGUAAGCACAGGAGGACUGUGUGAUUGUGUGAACAUCAUCAAAUGAAGAACAACUGCGAGAUCAGACCACACAGCUUGUUCCGAGUUCGAUCUUAAAAAUUCUGGAAAUGUCGAACGAUUCAGCUCGUACGCCGUUUUUACCGACUGACAAGUUAGAAACCAUGGCUCAAGAUUUCAACCAAAACUCAAAAACUUCUUCUUCAGGAAAAAGAAGAUUGCGUCGCUCUAGAAGCGCUCCUCGUGGUGAUUGUAUGUACAGUGAUGAUGUUAAAACCGACGAACCUGAAGCUACACAUCGGAGUAAAAUCCCAAUGUUUAGUCACUUUCGUGAUCUAAACCCGAACCUCACGCGAGUGAUGAUGUUCUUGGCUUUAUACUUAACCAUUGGUACUCUCUGUUUCUACCUCGUUAGAGACCAGAUCUCAGGAGAUAAGACCAAUGCUGUGAUAGAUGCUGUCUAUUUCUGUAUAGUCACGAUGACAACCGUUGGAUACGGUGACCUUGUCCCUAAUAGUUCUGCCUCAAUGCUACUUGCUUGUGCCUUUGUCUUCUCUGGGAUGGUUCUCGUUAGUCGUCUUCUAAGUCGAGCAGCUGAUUAUCUAGUGGAGAAACAAGAGGCCUUGCUCGUUCAGACAGACAUUCUCAAAGAGCAGCAUGCUAACAAGUUGAGAUACAAAUGCUAUGCUACAUGUCUUGUCCUUGUAGUCCUCUUCUUUGCUGGUACGGUUUUCCUUGUAAUGGUUGAGAAAAUGCCGGUUAUCGCAGCUUUCUACUGCGUCUGUUCCACGGUUACGACAUUGGGGUAUGGCGACAAGAGCUUUAGCUCGGGUACCGGACGCCUUUUUGCUGUGUUUUGGAUCUUGACGAGUACCAUUUGUUUGGCUCAGUUUUUCCUCUACCUGGCUGAGCUAAAUACAGAAACCAAACAGAGGGAGUUAGUGAAGUGGGUUUUGACAAGAAGAAUCACAAACGAUGAUCUUGAAGCAGCUGAUCUAGAUGAAGAUGGAGUCGUCGGAGCUGCAGAGUUUAUUCUAUAUAAACUGAAGGAAAUGGGAAAGAUUGAUGAGGAAGAUAUAUCUGGGAUAAUGGAAGAGUUCGAGUCACUCGACUACGAUGAUUCGGGAACUCUAACAACUUCUGACAUUGUUCAAGCUCAGACGACGUCUUAGAUUCAAAAGGUUAAGCGUUGUUAGCAAAAUUUUAUGUUGCGAAAGACGAAUCAUAAACUUUGUUGAGCUAUACUGCACACAACACGAUAAGCAAAGACAGUGAAGAGAAGAUAUUAUUGUUUUGGACCUUUUGGUAUAUUGUGUGUGUGUUUUAAUUAAAGAGAUACAAAAAUAUAUAACAAUAAAAUUCCACGAA